AUGCAGUCAGAGAACAAUGCAACCCAUGUGAUCGAUCCAGACGGAGAUGUGAUGAUCAUCCUGCAGAACGCAAACAAAGGCUUGGCCAGUUUCAGUGAGGAAUCCAACCCCAAAAAGAAGCGCAAGACGUCACAAAACCCAGAAGUCCGCAUCCUAGUUUCUUCAAGCCACCUCACUUCCGCCUCGCCAGUUUUCAAAAGCGCCCUUGAUGGAACAUGGAAGGAGGGCCAUACACUCCGCACUGCAGGCUCAGUCAAUAUCACCGUGGACGGUUGGGAUCUUGAGGCGCUUCUCAUUCUGCUGAGAAUUUGUCACUGCAAGAACGACCAAGUUCCUCGAACGCUUAGCCUGGAAUUACUUGCAAAGGUCACGGUUUUGGUCGAUUACUAUCAGUGUUUCAAUGUCUUGCGAUUCUUCGCGGAUACGUGGAUUAGCUGUUUAGAGCAGAACUUUCCAACACAAUACUCGCGAAAAAUACUCUCAUGGUUGUGGAUAUCUUGGGCUUGGAAAGUGCCAGCUCUCUUCAAAAAGGCAACAGAGAUUGCUAUAAGCCAAGCUCCGGGUUUCAUCCCCUCGCUGGGUUUGCCAAUCCCACGGAAGAUCAUUGGUAAAACCAAUUACAUCACUUCUUGA